CCCGGUCGUGUCCUGUUUAAUAUUACCUUCUCAGUCAAUGUUAACCCACUAAAACAAGUACUAGUACCCGUGGAGCGUAGACCUAUGAUCUAAGAGUUACACAAAAGCACAAAAAAGGUUAUCCAUUAUCUACCAAGCCGAUUUGUGAGGCAGCCAUGCAAAUAUUGAAAGUCAAGUUGUUCCUGGGUAUAAGUAUUUUGUUGACAGCAACGAAAUCUUCCGCCGCUGAGGCAUGUAACGUGUGUCCCGCAUUUUGGGUCCCAUUUCAAGGAAGUUGCUACCGUGUCUUCGGGAAAAAGUUGAGCUGGUCAGCUGCAGAAGAAAGCUGUAAACAACUCUUCAACAAGAAGGUAGUCGGUCAUCUAGUUUCUAUCCGAAACGCAGAUGAGAACAGGUUUGUUUCGCAACUCUGGGAUUCGUCUACCGGUGGCUCGACUGAUUCCAGUAAUCGAGCCUACUGGAUUGGAUUGUCUGAUAGAGCCAAAGAAGGCAGUUUCGUAUGGACAGACAACAAGAAAGAAGGAUCGUAUACAAAUUGGAAACGGUCGGAACCUAACAACCACGGAAACGAAGACUGUGCUCAUGUAUUGAAGGAUUCAGAUGGCAAAAUACUACUUUGGAACGAUACGGAAUGUCAUCGUACAUUGUCCUACGUGUGUGAACUGCCACAGUAGUAUUGCACAUGUUAACAAUCAUAAUGAAAGAGUGCCUAGUAAUGCUAAAUCUGAAAAGAGAGAGAGAGAGUGUGUGUGUGAGAGAGAGAGAGAUCAUACAAAAUGAACAGUACCCCCACUUGCUAACCUAUGGUUGCGAACCCAAAUCAAGAUUCA